AUGCCACCAUCAUUAGCCACAACAGGCCCCAUCAAGAACGCACAAAUAAAAGAGAGCAUAAUAACCAUGGCGACAGCAGCACUUACCGCAGCAACAGCUUCUAGUGCGGUAGUAGUUAGAACAGCAACUACAACAAUAGUAGUACUCAUUGCCGCAUUGUUUGUGGCCUUCUCAGGGACUCUGGCAGCGGCGGCGCCUAGCAAUACUAGCGUCUCACACCUUAGAGCGGUUACUGUUGGGGACUCUAUCGGGGAAGCAGCCACAAUGGCUGCGACGAUUAUGGAAAAACAUACAAUCCCAACAACAAAAAGUGUCAACAGUUCCUUGGGUGUAGCUGCCGCUCAUCCGACAUCCACGUCAGUUGUGAAGGCAAAUCAACCAAAAUACUUAAGUUUCGUGGGGAAUGUGCUGCUUAAUGGCGAAGGGGGCAAUGGUAGUGGUAAGGGCACUGAUAGCAGUGGCAUUGGCGGUGCCCUUGGAAGUAGCAGUAGUGGCAGCAAUUUAGUUCCUAUCAAAUCGGCAGCAGCUAUCGCAGCUUCUGUUACGGCAAAAACAUUCAAUGAUUCGUUAGCGUCUGCGGUGGUAUCGACAUCUGCGUCAACGUCACCAUCAACAUCUGAAAUGUCAUUGCACUUGGCAUUUGUCAUAAUCAAAUGUUUCAUUAUUGUUCUCAUUAUACUCGCCGCCAUACUUGGCAACGUGCUGGUGAUUGUGUCCGUUAUGCGGCAUAGGAAAUUGCGCAUCAUCACGAAUUACUUUGUGGUUUCAUUGGCUGUGGCCGAUAUGUUGGUCGCCCUUUGCGCGAUGACAUUCAACGCUUCUGUGGAGAUUACCGGCAAAUGGAUGUUCGGUACAGUGAUGUGUGAUAUAUGGAAUAGUUUCGAUGUCUACUUUUCAACGGCGAGCAUCAUGCACCUGUGCUGCAUAUCAGUUGAUAGAUACUAUGCAAUUGUGCAACCGCUCGAUUAUCCGCUGAUUAUGACACAUCGACGUGUAUUCUUUAUGCUGAUGAUGGUUUGGCUAUUGCCUGCGCUACUUUCAUUUUUGCCCAUCUGCUCUGGGUGGUAUACGACGGCGGAAAAUUGGAAAUAUUUGAAAACCAAUCCACAUAUUUGUGAAUUCAAAGUUAAUAAAGCGUACGCUAUUGUUAGUUCAUCAAUGAGCUUCUGGAUACCCGGUUUCGUUAUGGUUUUUAUGUAUUACCGCAUUUAUCAAGAGGCUGUUCGCCAGGAACGACUCGUUUACAGAUCCAAAGUCGCUGCCCUGCUGCUGGACAAACAUUUGCAGAUUAGCCAAAUACCCAAACCGCGUCCUAGCAUUCAAGUCGAACAGUCCACCAUAACAACAAUGCGUAGAGAGCGUAAAGCCGCACGCACGCUUGGAAUUAUAAUGAGCGCGUUUCUACUAUGCUGGGCGCCUUUCUUCCUAUGGUAUUUAACGUCCACACUUUGCAAUAACUGUACCACACCACGCAUUGUUGUUGGUCUACUCUUUUGGAUUGGCUACUUUAAUUCAGCCUUGAAUCCCAUCAUUUACGCUUACUUCAAUCGUGAUUUUCGCGGCGCUUUUAAGAAAACAUUGAAGUCCUGCUGUCCAUACGACCUCAUAAAUUGUCAAGUCAGCGCGGGCGCUGACCUACCGCCAUACAUCAAUUCGACCGCCUCCUCUGAAAUACAUAUGAACAUUAUACGUACACGUCAAUACGCCACAUCGUCAUCGAAUCAGCUGCAAACGCUCUAUCAAAAUUAAACAAAAGAGAAAUAUUCAAGCACAAAUAUUAGCAGUAGCAAACAUUCCUGUUCAUGGUGAUAUAGAGGCGAUGAAGGAACAAAUCCAAUAAAAUGAAAUAAAAAGUACGAACCUGUACAUGCGAGGGAUGAAAGCCAGCAACCCAGUCAACUCAGCCAAACAAAAAUAGCAACCAAAGGAGCUCGAAAAAUAAACAAUAAUAAAUAUUAUAUACUUGUAAAUGUAUGUGCUAGUAUGUAUGUAUGUAUGUAGUUUAUUAGAAAUAAGUACCUAGGUAAGCCUGUAACUGUUAUUCUAUUAGAGCUUAGCUAAUAGGAAGUUAUAAAUUAAUUAAGUAGAUACUUGUGUAAGUCAUAAACAAAGCAAACAAAGGAAGCAAAAACAAAAGUAGCUUAAGUAAAUUUGAAAUGAGUAUUGGAGCACACAGUGAGCUCACAAGAAUACGAGACAGCAGUUUAAGCUACAAACCAUCGCGACAAUCCCACAGAAUUGAUAAAGCCUUGAAAUAUAAGUAAUAUAUAAAAUACCUGCAAAAAUUCUCGUAUAUAAAUAUGUAUGUACAUAGGUACAGAAAAAGUAGUGCACGCACA